AUGUACAAUGAGACAGAAGAUACUUCAAAUUGGACAGGAAUAGUUCUAAAUCGAUUGACCGGCAUUUUACGCACGCACGUUUUAAAGAUCGAUGUUGAUCACAUAGUUAACACUAUAUCUUCGCCCAUGAAUGAAACUGAAAUAGAUAGAUCUGAUAGUAAUAAUACCGUUCAAGGACGGAGACGCCGCCAUCGACGACGUCAUAAUGUAAUGCCUCUGAUGAUGAUGGGUCUAUUGUUGAUGGGCUCAAUACUUGUACCAAUGGGUUUUCAGUUCCUUGCCGUUCUUGGCGGUAAAGCUUUAAUUCUUGCUAAGAUGGCUUUGUUAUUGUCAAGUAUACAAGGACUCAAGAAGAUAGCAACCAACGGUGUGAAUUAUGGCUUAUAUCAUGCACCUGUAUCUGAAGCUUGGCAUGAAAGAAGUCAUCAAGAAACGCCAACACAUUUUGAUUUACCCUAUCCGAUACACGCUCAGACACACGCUUGA